GGUUCAGAGCCAUCACAGCCUCUGACCGCGCCCGGCUGGGCCCCCUGCACGCGGCCCCAGUGACCUGCCUGCAGCUCACAAAGGUGGCCCUGCUCAGCCACACGGAGUCCGUACCAGCUGGAAGAGGUUCCUCAAAACCUCCCCUACUAUCUGAAGCUUGGACAGAGAUGGAUAUCACAGGACACGUUCAGCAAAGACUCUGGAAUCACAAGAGGCGCCGGAUUCCACGACUGCGCUUCAUGUGUCGGCAUCAAAAAGGUAGUGAGGGUCAUGAGCUCGGGGCGGGCACCUCACCUUUGGACACUGCCUUCCUGUUACUCUAUUUCAUUGACCCUCAUAAAAGUGUUCAGAAGGCCAAACUUCUACCCGGAGGCCUGGAGGAAUUUAUGGAAAGGGACUCUUCUCUUCUCUUGCGGAGGGCACGGCAAGCAGGCAGUGUCGCAUCUAAGAUUCCUGGCCCCUCCCAGGAACAUGAUGGGCCUGAAGGUAACCAGUGUUCCCUCCACCAUUUCCAAGUCAGUUUCCAUCAGCGGGGCUGGGAUCACGGGAUCAUUGCUCCCAAUCGCUAUGCCCCAAACUACUGUAAGGGUGCCUGCCCUCGGGCACUACACUAUGGUCUCAAUUCUCCCAAUCACGCCAUCAUCCAGAACCUUGUCAAUGAGCUGGUGGACCAGAGUGUCCCUCAGCCCUCAUGUGUCCCUUAUAAGUGUGCUCCCAUUAGCAUCCUUAUGGCUGAGGCUAAUGGGAAUAUCUUGUACAAGGAGUAUGAGGGUAUGAUUGCCCAGGCCUGCACAUGUAGGUGAUAGCACAGAUACAGGUAGCUCAAGUUUCCCAAGAAAUUGGAGUAGGGUUUAAAAUAAAGAGACAAAUGUUGCCGAAACCGGUUUGGCUCAGUGGAUAGAGCGUCGGCUUGCGGA